GGACAUACCAGAGUUUCCCAUCUCCUCGCUCAUCCUCAUUUUCGCUGCUGCCUAAAGAAAGCUCCAUCAACGAUGCAUAACUGUCUACGUGCCCGGCCAUCCAUGCACUGCACCCAAUGAACAAUAUCAUCCAGGCGGCUCCCGUGCACUACCCCACAUCGUCAGUCUCAGGCUCGAGCCUCGAGGUCUUCCGCACGCACCGCAACUUCAGCUUGAACAGCGAUCACAGCCACCCGCCGGCGUACGACGAGGAGCGUGCACCACCCCGUUAUGUUGACCCCCUGACAGAGGCCGCUCUCGAGGGCGACAGGGAGGGGGAUCGGAGGAAGAAGAGGAAGGCGCUCAAGGUUCGCUAUGCAAAGAUAGCUGGAAGCGCUCUGAUUGUGGUCUUGGUGACCUUACUCAUUGCCGGGGUUGUGAGCAAGUUCAAGACUGUGAGGCAAAGGCUGGGCGAGGACGACACCAAGGACAAUGGCCGAGACGAGAAGAAACUACCUACUAUGACUGCGACGAUGUCGAUGUCGACGGAAACUUCAUCGCCAACUGAGACGGCUGUCCUCACUGACCCGUUGGAACCUUGGGAUUCCUAUCGGGGCCCCAAAGGUGCACUCGACACAUUGAAGGAAAUUCUGAAUCGGCCGAUGCAGCGGUGGAUGGAUGAGGAUGAGUUGAUGGACUUUGGCGAACGCUGCCCUCUUGAUGUCAGAAGAAAAGGACCAGGAUUCGAUUCGGUUGCCAGUGCCAAACGGAGAGAGCCUAUGGAGGCAUUGUCGUGUCUGUCAUCACGCGGCAGCGAGAAUGGCUUCAAGAGUCCUUUGACGGAGCUGGCCUCACGCAAUUCCAAUGAUGUACGAAGAAAUAUAGAACCUAAAGGAUGAGAAUGACGAACUGAAGUCUGGGGAGCUCAGGAUGAUCAUUGCCAAAUGCUACGCCUGCAGUGUGCCCCACAAUUGCUCGCCCUCCAUCCGUCAAGUCUGUCGAAAACU